AUGGCAGCCGAUGACGCCGAAUCGUCCUCGGCCAUCAAAGUGCCAAAUAGCCCAUCCACAGCCUUUGCCGCACUCUCUUUGCACGACCAACCCUCUUCCUCAUCAGAAGCUUCGACGUCAUCAUCCGUCUUCACCGCUUCGCAUCUAUCAGAGAUCGAAUCAGCCACAGCCCUAGUCAGUGCACUCGACGCCGCUCGCAAACAACCUAAACCGCUCAUCCGAUCCACCGGUCACAUCGUAUGCCGCACUCCCACCUCCUCCGCCUCCACCUCCUCUGCGCAUCACCACCUCCUAUCCUGGAAAGUGGCGGAGUUCGCCUACCGCAAAUCCACCGCCAUCGGCUCUGAGCUCCCCACCCUCGCACGUGGGCUUUUCACUGAACGUCUCUCCUCCACCUCUGAGAAGCACAGGAUCGUCGUCCGCGGUUACGACAAGUUCUUCAACCUCAACGAGCUACCCUGGACCAAACCCGCGUCCAUCUCGCUCUACACCACUCCGCCCUACGUGCUGACGUUCAAGGAGAACGGCUGCAUCAUCUUCAUCUCCUCCCUCUCCCCGACCCAGCUUGUUGUGACGUCGAAGCAUUCGCUGGGGUCUAUCGAGGGGACCGAGACCACCCAUGCGGAGAAGGGGUACGAGUGGUUGCGAAAGCAUCUUGCCUCGGUAGGGCGGACGGAGCAAGAGCUGGCCAAGGAGCUGUGGGAGCGGAACGAGACGGCGGCGUUCGAGCUGUGCGACGACUCGUUCGAAGAGCACGUGCUGGCGUACGACGAGAGUAGGUCCGGGUUGCAUCUGCAUGGGUUGAAUAGCAACGCGGUCAAGUUCAGCACCAGAGGGAUGGACGAGGUGGAUCGAUUCGCGGAGCAGUGGGGGUUCAUCAGGACGAGGUGGUUGACGUUGGGUAGCUUGGAGGAAGUGCAAAAAGUUACGGCGGAGAUCGAGGUCACGGGCGCUUGGGAGGGCGAGCCGAUCGAGGGGUUCGUCAUUCGCACGCACAUGCCAGGCAAGGAACGGAUGGACGAGUUGAGUAGGCGGGAGGACAAGGCGGUCAGUCCACCGUACGAGCCCGGGCAAGCGUGGUUCUACAAGGUCAAGUUCGACGAGCCGUAUCUCAUGUACAGAGACUGGAGGGAGCUGGCGAGGAAGAUGGUCAAGGAGAAAGCCGAGUGGGAGGCAAAAGUCGCCAAUCUGCCAACCACAUCAUCGAGCGCACCUUCUUCAUCGAUCGACGCCACCCCUCCCACGCCCACCGUCGAUGUCGACACAUCGACCGCCGCCACUGCUCCCGACAACUCGGACGACGCAGCCCCAUCCAAAGCAGCCCUCAAACGCGCCCGCAAACGACUCGCCAAGCAAGACGCCAAGCAGGCCGCCUCUCACCGCCUCGCCGCGCAAUCCGCCGGCCUCCUGCCCCCCUCCCCCCCGCAACCUCGAUCCAAACGACCAGAGACGACGCUCUUCAUCCAAUGGUGCUACGAUCGACUCUACGGCAGCGAUUCCGUCAAACCCCAACCGCACCUCUUCGCCGGUUUGACGCAGAACAAGGGAAUCAUCGCUAUGCGAAAUGCCUUCCUCUCGUACCUCCAGCAAUCCUCUCCAGAUCGUUCGAACGCAGUAGCGGUGAAGGAAGACACGCGACCGUUCACAAAGACCAUCCUGGCACCGAUCGCCGUCCCCGGAUGCGGGAAGACCAUCCUCGCCCUCGCGCUCUCCCACCUCUUCGCCUCUGGGCAUGUUCAGUCGGACGAGUUCAAGAAGAAGACCGGGUUCCUCGCAGCUCUCGAAAAAGACCUUCGUUCCCACUCGACGGAGGACAACUACGUAGUGUUUGCGGAUAAGAACAACCAUCUCUUGCAGCAUCGUGAUGAUCUCAUCGAUCUGGCCGCACGACUCUCCUCCCCAUCCGCUCCUCCAGCGGGUAGGAAACCCGUGCCGGAAGUCGGACGCGUGAGAACCAUCGCCCUAGCGUGGGAGCUGGACUCGCUGCCGUUGAACACUCUACACCGGAUCUGUUCCGGUCGGAUCGAGGAGAGGGGCGAUAACCACCAGACGCUGGUCGCCGAUGACGGAGAGGGAAAAUUGAGGGGGUGUAGGUCGCACGAGGUGGUGCUGUGGAAGUUCUUGGAGGCGCUGCAGCCGCUGGGAAGUCAGGCGGGAAAGGGAGAGGGGGCAGAGGGGUAUGGCGAUGAGAGGUUCGACAAGGUGGUCACGCUCACAGUGGGUGCCGGGGUGGAGGAGUGUUUGAGGAAGGUGGUGCGGGAGGUGGGGGAAGAAGUCGGGUGGAGGAUGCCGAGCGAGGAGAGGUUGCGGGAGGCGGUGAGAUGGGCGAAGGAGUGGAAGGUGAAGAAGAAGCAAGGCGGUGGUGCGGGUGGGGUUGGGAAGAAAGUUGCUGUUCCAGGUGCCGGUGGGCAGGAGAAGAAUGUUGAGAAACAGCAGGAGAACAAGGUCAUAGGGACGACACCGAGGUACUUUGGUCUUGCGGUCGAACUGGACGUCCGUCAACUCCUCGACCGCAUGCUUCUCCCACCCACCUCCUCCGCGGAACACGAUUCUAUCGCCCACUUCUACACAACCAUGCGUACAUGCAACCGUCUCAACCAACGUCCUCACAUCACCCUCGUCCACAACUCCAACCUCUCCACCCCCACCCCUACCCACACCCACACCACCUCUCGAACCAUCCACGACGAAAAAUGGCACUUCUACACCCACCUUCUCCAGCAACCUUCUCCUUCCUCCAACGAUGCACUCGUCUUCCACAUAACCAUCAGUACCCUCCUCUACGAACCCUCAACCCUUCUAACCUUGCCCAUCGAUACCAUCACACCACCCUCCGUCAUCGCACCGGACUUCCAACGUCUCCAUUUCGAUCACCAGGAAGAACGCUGGACACCGCACAUCACGCUGGCAACCAGACCAGACGUUCCGCCGUACGAAGCAAAUCGUGUCGUAGCCACGUGGAGAUCGCCUCCGGACCAUCCUGAAGCCCAAGCGGAUGGAAUCGAGGUGUUGCAUCUGCCAGAACCGAUUACCGUCGAAGCAAGGAUCUUUGGCAUGUCCUGA